GGGGAGAAGGGGGGAAGUCACCCCAGCAGCCCCCCCCAUCUCUGCUCAUCAGGAGGUGGCCUGUGUGGGGCUGAUCCCUCUGCAGCUCCUCCCAAGCCAAGACAAGGGGCUUUCUUGCUGUUUGCAAAAGGAAGACGGUUUGAGGGGACUGAAGCCAGUUUUCAAGCUCCUUGCCAUAAAUAGCUUUGCUGUGCCCUAAUGCGAAAGACGGUGGCCCCUGAAGGAGGAAGAGGAGGAAAGGGGGGGGAGAUCUGGCUGGAGUAUUUGGAGGAAGAAAGGGAUGUGGGGAGAGAAGGUUAUUGUUCGCAGUGGAGAACACAAAGCCAGCCUAUUUGGGGAGGGGGCGCUGCAUUGGUCUGUGACUGGCAAAUGAAGGAAGCUCCUUCUGUUCUUCAGGUGUCCUUUGGAUGUUUGGCUCCUUUCCUAAAGCGGCAAGUCUCUGUCGAGCUCGAAUAAUUCCUUUUCCUUUGUGAAAUGGCUCCAUGACUUGGGGGUGUCCUACUUCAAGCACAGAACAGAGUUUUGGCUUUGCAACACUCAGUGGCUUCAUCCAUUACAGCAGUUCCUGCUGCAAGGACCAGUCUGUGGAUAAAACAACUUUGGCCUUCUUGGAGGCUGCCUUUGGAGCACAGAAUUGGAGAUGGAAAUACAAGACGCAGGUGGCCCAGAGACCAUCAAGGCUGGGAACAGUGAGGAAUUCUGGGAAAGGACUCUCCAGGAAAUCCUGCAUGAGGACACACUCCCUUCAGAUGUACAGCGCCAACACUUCAGGCAGUUCCGCUACCAGGAGGUUGAGGGUCCCCGACAGGUGUGCAGCCGACUCCACCAACUUUGCCAUCAGUGGCUCAGACCAGAGGAACACACAAAACACCAGAUCAUGGACCUUGUGCUCCUAGAGCAGUUUCUGACCAUCCUGCCCCCUGAGAUGGAGAGCUGGGUGAGGGAAUGUGGAGCAGAGACCAGUUCGCAGGCGGUGGCCCUGGCAGAAGGUUUCCUCCUGAGCCAGGCAGAGGCCAGGAAGCAGGAAGAGCAGCAGGUGCAGGGGCCAUUGGCAGAAGCAAACCUCUUUGUUUCUGAGGCAGAGAAGACUCUAUCAGACGCCAGACUGAAGCUGCUGCACGGAGGGAGCUCUCAGGAGGAUCAUGCAGAAUCCACCUCACUGGUUCAUGGAACCCCACUGGAGGUGUUGACAAGCUUAUGGCUCCCCUGUGUGGAUGGAGAAACAGCUUCUACACAACCAGAUCAGGUAGAAGAGGGAUCAUGUGGGGUACAGCCUAGGUACCUUUCUCUGAGCCUGAAAUAAUAUUUGCCUCUGUGAUUUGGAUGCCACCGCGCAUGCACAAAUGCCUCUCAGAGGCCUGGCAUGAGGCCAUUUGCGCAAGUGCAGCCGCAUCUAAAAUGGCCACCGUGCCCAACUAUGGAGGCCCGAAUGGGCCAAAGAACCUUCAGGAAGCGGUGAGAACGGAGGCCAGUGGAGGGAGGGGAAACCUCCACGGAACCCCCCCCCCUCCACCACAUCGAGGACCUUCCCCGAAGGGGAGAAGAUUAAAAAACAUUCUGUUAAUGUUUUUAACAUUAAAACAAGUUUAAUGUUGAAAAGAAAAAAGUUCACGAAGCCCCCUGAAGAGUCAGCGGGGGAGUUGGUCUGGGGCCGGACCGAAUGGGAUGGUUCGGUUCAAUUGCGAGCCAUCAAACCAAAACCGGCUCGACCUCGAACCCAUUCAACAUAGAGCCAAUUUGCACAUCCCUACAGCCUAGUUGCCUCUCCCUGAGCCUGAAAUAAUAUUUGCAUCUCUGUAAUCUGCCCACUGGGAAGGCGAAGAGGCCAUGAAUCCUGCCAGAGGAGCCUUAGCUGCUUCAUUUUAGUUAUCCUCAGAGAUUUGUGUAUGGGCGGGGGCACACCUAGGUAAUUUGGGAGCCCAGACAACCCAGUCGCUAGCCCCCCUGCACGAAGACAUGCUAAACCUUCUUUGGGUAGCCCACCCCGCCAAAUCUCUGCUGGUCCCCCCCCCCGCCUUUUUUCUCUUUUAAAAUUUCUUACCAUGGCCGAGAGGUGGCUGCGGUGGUGGGGUGCGGAAUAGCCCUUCUCCCCUCUCCCUCCUCUAACCCCCCCCCCACCGGUGGCAGGGACCAGAGCGAUGCUGGGCUAGCGUCCAUUCAGACCAGCGUCUUUUACUAACUGCGAGGUGUGCCUGUGUAGUUUAGAGAUCAGUCCCCGCCGCCUCAGGGGGAGGGAGGGAGAGGGAAGAAGGGCUGCUCUGCUUCCCCCCCUCCCCACAGCCACCCCUCAGACGCGGUAGGAAUUAAAAAAUAAAAUUAAAAACAGCAGAGGUUGGUGGGGUGGCUGUGGGGUGGCUGCUGAAGGUCCCCGGCACUGGCAAUUUGGAGGUCCCACCCCCCACCGGACCUUGGAGGACUGGACCAGGUCCCCAAGGUCUAGGGCUUAGAGCGCCACUGUGUAUAGGGGUGGGGGGACUGUUUGCUGACUUGUGAGUCCAAUAU